AUGCAUACUUUCUUUGAGCAAUCCCUACAGUAUUGGCCGAAGAAUUGCCUCACCAAGGGCGAGGUUGUACGGGUCCUCUGCUCGGCCGGUCCAGGUUUUUGGCUUAUACGCCUACCAAGCCAUAUCGGUGAAUGUUCAUCAAAGCCAUCUAUUUCGCCUACUGGUGCCACUCCAAUCGCUACUAAUACUGUCACCACAACGCCGGUCUCACACAGUGACCAGCAUGGUAGAGUCAGCUGCGACUCCGCAUAUGCUGGGGUCAAUAUGGACGCUGCUGGUAGUCGUGGCAGUAAUGGUGGGGACAAUUGUUAUCUUCCUGACCGUCUGCCACGUACAACGCUUGGCUGUUCCAGCCAAGUACUGGCUGGCAGGACUCAACUAUCCUCAGUUUGCAACGGCCAGACUGAACAGCUGCACAGGGCCUGCGCAGGGUUUCUACCAACGACUGCUACAUCGGCAACGCCAACGAGCAUGGGUCAUUAUGGGGCUGGAGAACCAGGCGAUAUACAAGGAACCAGUCGAUGUCGGCGCCUUGCCCACGAGGGGCAGAAAAUAAAUACCAACACAGUGACUAUAUGGACCACCGAUUUAGAGCAAGAUACUGACGCCGUCUCGAUUGGCGAGCUCAAUUCCGGGUAG